AUGCAAUCUCCCUCCCUUGUCGAGCGAGUACACUAAAGAUGUGGGCUCCAAAACGCACCUGGUGACAGCCAAUCCCAGCAUCAUUCGGCAGAGAUUCGAGAACCUUCUAUGGUCGAGAAAGAGCUUCGUCGAGAGCAUGAAGGUCUACAAACACAGCUACAUCUACAUGCCUGCGUUCUCCAUGAAGACGGGCACCGAGCCGUCGCUCCGGGUGUAUUACACGCUCACCGACGUGGGUGCCAACCAGACCGUGCUGUUUGCCAACCCCAACUUCCUGAGGAGCAUCGGAAAGUUCUGGAAGAGCCGGGGCAUCCACGCCAAGCGGCUGUCCACGGGAUUGUUCCUGGUGAGCGCAGCCCUGGGCCUGUGCGAGGAGGUGGCCAUCUACGGCUUCUGGCCCUUCUCGGUGGACAUGCAUGAACAGUCCAUCAGCCACCACUACUACGACAACGUCCAGCCCUUCUCCGGAUUCCACGCUAUGCCCGAGGAGUUCCUCCAGCUCUGGUUUCUCCACAAAAUCGGGGCGCUGAAGAUGCAGCUAGACCCCUGCGAGAGGCCCUCGCUCCGGCCCACCCCCUAG